UGGCUCUCGCAACGUUUUCCGUCUGUCUGCUAACGCUCAGUUGGAUGAACUUCCCGCCGGCUCACGGGAACGACCGCCACGCCGUAUACUGGAACAGCUCGAACAUACAUCUGAGGAGAGAAGGCUACACGGUGCAGGUCAGUGUGAACGACUACCUGGACAUCUACUGCCCGCACUACAACCUCAGCCAGAGGGGGGCGCUGGAGAGGGGCGUGGUGGAGCAGUACGUGCUCUACAUGGUCAGUUACCGUGGCUACCGCACGUGCGACCCACAGAUGGGCUUCAAGCGCUGGGAGUGCAACCGGCCGCACGCGCCCCACGCGCCCAUCAAGUUCUCCGAGAAGUUCCAGCGCUACAGCGCCUUCUCCCUGGGCUACGAGUUCAACGUGGGACACGAGUACUACUACAUCUCCACGCCCACCCAUCACCAUGGCCACAGCUGCCUAAGACUACGAGUGUUCGUCUGCUGCUCUACAGAGGACGACUCUGAGCAGAGUCCCUCUGAUUACACCGACAGCCCUGACAUCAAAAUCCACGACAUUGAUGAGUUCAACCCUGGCCUUCCCAAGCUGGAGAGGAGCGUGAGCGGCAGUAGCCCGUCCAGAGACCGCCUGCUCAUCACCGUGGCAGCCCUGCUCCUAGCUGCCUCCCUGGUCUCUUAG